UGCUGUCAUGUCCUGGGUUCAAGCUGCAGUCAGCCGAUCCAAUGAGGAUAUAUUUGAUGAAGAUGCAGAUGAGAUGUAUCUGCUACAGAAGGAAUGGAACAGCACCAUGAAAAAAAGAUUGAAGGAAGGCUAUAGGGAUGGAGUUGAGGCUGGGAAAGAACUUGCACUCCAGAAAGGCUUUAAUGAAGGUUACAGACACGGUGCCGAGCUGAUGAUUACAUGUGGCCAGUUCAAAGGAACCCUGAAUGCUCUCUUAUCCUGGUGUCGUUUUAAUGGACAUGAUUCUGCUUUAAGUAAGAUAAAUAAUCUUCUUGAUGUGGUUGGAAAGCAUGAAGAAGAUGUGCUUAAGUAUCUGAAUUCUACUGAAGAACAGCCACAUCUUAGACAUGUUUUAGACUCUGUUGAGGACAUGGACCUUAAUCACACAGCUUCAGCUGGGACAGAGCACAAGGAAGUUAAAGAUGGAAAACAAGAGGAUGGUGGCAGCUCUGGUGAAAACAUUUGUAGAAAUAAUGGUAAGGCUGGUUCCUUGCAGUCCGAGUGCAGCAAGGCAAACCUCCGCACAGAUCCUGAAAGGUCAACGCUUGCUUGGGUUAAAAAGCAGACUGUUUGGCUGGUAGAGCAACUGGGCUUAUCAUUGGAUAUACUCCAUCAUGUUCAGCAACUGAAACAUUAGUUUUUCUGUCUCAUGGUACUUAAAAUUAUCUCAACUAGUUUUGCUUCUCACUUUGUGCACCAUGUACAGGCAAUGCAUGACUUUGUUUUAGGAAAAUCUGAUCUUGAUACUUGCCAGUAAAACUAAUUUUUGAAAAUCUUCACUAUGCUUUUGGCUCCUGGCAAAACCCCUCACUUUUAAUCUUAAGGUAACAUUGACAGAAAGGGGCAAUGACACCUAAAGCUCUCCAGAGAGUUACUAAACAUGUUUCUGUUCUGCAUCAGAAGCUCUCAUUUCACCGUCGCCUUCUCUUGGCAGGAAUUUGGAAAUAAAGCGGGUCCAUUAAAUAGCCCUUCUAAAUUGGUUCCCUCUGCUAUCUAAAGAAUAAAUGCCUAGUGCUAUGGACAAGCAACUCUUGCAGAAUAAGCUGCUGUUGAUGAUAUGCUAAAUAUAUGCAAAAUAGAACAGGAUUUGCUGCUGAUUCCUAGAGUGCUGUGACUCUCUAGUCAUUAUAUAAAAUACAGGAAUUUUUCACCUUUUGUCAAAUUCUUCCUCUUAUCUUUUGUAACCACUAUACAGUGCGUUUUCACAGUUCAAAACUAUUUUUCCUCCUUGUACAAUUCUAUUUAUUUUGUUUUGCUGAAAAUACACUAUUUUUGUCAAAUUCAGAAUUACUGACACUUCCACGUUUUACUCUUAGACUCUUACCCUGUCAGACCACACUAAACAUGCUUCCAGUCUAAUGAACACCCUUGUGUUAUUUUGGUAUUUCUUUUGCCAGUCCCUCAAACCUGAACUCUUUCCCACAUUCCCAUAAUGUUUUUCUCAAACUCUUCAAGAAAGCCAGGCUUAUUCACCACCUCUUAGAAACACAUCAGCCAACACAUGCAUAUUGCUGACCACUUUGUAUUUCUGUGCCAGCAUUCUAUAUUUGACUCAUUUUCUUAUUGCUUGUCUUAACUGUAGCUGUAAACUGCUCUGUUCAGGAAGUUUUUUCUUGGUGAAUGCCUCUCUCUAUUUUACACUAAUUAAACUGUUUUAUAGUAA